CCGUCAUGGGAAUAAUCCAUCCCAAAAUACACCGACUUGUUUAAAAUCUAUUUUUAAUCCGGCACUGAAACAGUCACUUUGACACCCGGAAAGGGCGAAGUCUGCACAGCAACAAGCGCCAUGAUCGCGACGCUCCUGCGGCUGAUCGAUCAUGGAGCAGCUGGAGGAAGAGCUGACUUGUCCGAUCUGCUGCGGGCUCUUCGAGGACCCCAGGGUCUUGCUUUGCUCGCACAGCUUCUGUCGGAAGUGUUUGGAGGGGCUCCUCGAGGGGACCCGCGCGCCGUCUUACAGAGCCCCGCUCAAAUGUCCCACCUGCCGCAAGGAAACCCCGCAAAACGGCGCCUGCAGCCUGCAGGUCAACUACUCCCUGCGCGGGAUCGUGGAGAAGUACGGUAAAAUCCGAGUCUUGCCCAAAGUGCGUCUGUGCGAGGCGCACCCGGAGCAGCCGCUCAACAUCUUCUGCCUCACGGAUGUCAAGCUCAUCUGCGGCUUUUGCGCCACCACGCCGGAUCACAAGGGACACGCGUUUUGCUCGAUGGAGGAGGCGGUGGACCGAGAGAAGGUGGCGCUGCAGGACAUGAUCCGCGGGUUCGAGUGCUGGCAGGGUGAAGACAUCCAGUCCCGCCUGGAGACGCUGCAAGCCGGCAAGAAGCGCGCGCUGCAGUCGGUCAACUCGGAGGCGGAGAGGGUGGCGGAGUACUUCGACAAACUCAUCGGGUCCCUGGAGGGCAAAAAGAGCGAGAUCCUGGGGGACUUUGAGACCAUGAAGCUGGUGGUGAUGCAGACGUACGACCCGGAGAUCAGCGGGCUGAGCGCCGCGCUGCAGGAGCAGAUGCGCGCCGCCAGCGUCGCGGAGUCCGGCGACGACCCGCUGUGUUUCCUGCAGAGGAUGCAGGAGCUCAGGCACAAACUGAAAGCGACCCCGCUCAAGCCCCGCGACCCCACCGAGCUCACCCCUCUGCUGCGCAAUUUCGACCUCAGGAAGUGGGACUCGCUGAGGCUGGACGAAGUGGACAAGAUGGCAAUCCCUCCCGAGAGGAAGCGCUCCGCAGGGGGCAGAGUCCGCGUCUUCUGCGCCACGGUUCUCUUCAGUUUGGCCAUAUUCUUUAUGUUCCAGGCGCAUCUCAACACUAGUGCAAUAGGCGACCUCUACUCACAACUUCCACGCGCGGACGCGCUGCGGCGAGCGGCGGCCGACGUGUGCGCCCGGCUGGGAGUGAACCUGCGGCACCUGACCGACCUCUGCUCCCCACUGCCCGGGGCUUUCCUGAAAUAUCUGGGGGAUUCACUGGACAUGGCUGUCGACUUCAUUGGCAGGUGUAGAUUUGAAUUCAACAAAUUCCACUCUUAACUCCAGGAACAAGCACUAUUCGGAAACUGAAGCAGUUUCUCCUCAACCGCGAGCGCUGACGAGUAAAACCUCUUAAAACUACACGCGUUUUUAGUUGUUUUCUCCAAACCAACUUUGACAUUUUGCUGAUUUUUAUUACAAAGUAUUUUCUUUUAUACCUGACGAUCUCAAAUAAAAUCCACUUUUUUUGUUUGAGACUAACGUGUGCGCCGUUAUUCACACGCUUACCUUUAAGGGACAAACAUGCGAAAAAAGAUUCCAGCUCCUCACAGCAGCGUGAUGCGGCAACCCAGUUUCCAGGCGGUUAUGUAACAAGUCCUGAUCACAGACGACGAGAAUCCACACCACAAACGUGUGAGAUUUUAGGGUAAACUAUUUUAAACGACCGCUUCAAACGUACACAGUAUAAUGUACACAUGGAUCGUUUUUGCGUCAAACGUGUGUCUCAGCACCAUUUUGUAGAUAUUGAAUUUACAGACGCCGAAAGCAUUUUGUGAGAUACACGUCAAGUGUAUUAAUGUGCAUGAAUAUGUCAUAUAAAAACAGAGAUUAGUGGUCAAAGGUAGCCGCGACAUAAAGACGCAUGGGAAUUUCAGAUUAUUUUUAGCCGUCUGUUGCCAGGCAAAAUCUAUCUUGGGAAUAAAAAUAAGACGCGUCAUUAAAAUUUUAUUGGUCGCAGCACAUACAUUUAAAGAGUGAAAUGGUAGUUUACAGUUUUACUGUAAAUGGCUUCACACAGUUUUGUAAAUGGCUUCGUAGCGGGAAAGGUCGGUGGAAGCAGAUACGGUCAUUGCCAAAAAUAAUCAGGUCCCGACGCAGAUUCCACAAUUAAUCAAAAUUAUGCUUUGUGUCAAUCUUGAAAAAUAAAAGAUGUUUAACUGCUUGAGAAUAUUAUCUUUAAGGAAAAGUGUAUCGUCUUAGCGGAAAGUGAACAGUCUUGCGGGGAUUUAUUUUAUUGGUUAAAAAUGGUAAGAGUGUUAUGAUCAGUCGGAAUAUAAAAUAAACAUAAAUAUAAAACUUUUUUUUUCCAAUUCAUAUUUUCUGGGAUGUAAACUACACUUGUUCGAAUGCGCACUGAAUGUAACACCGAAGCAAUUUUUAAAACAACAAUAGACAACUGAGGCAUUGUUCUUUUUUUUUUUUUUUAGAAAUUAAAGUGACCUAUAUUUUCUCAAUUUAGCAUUUAAAAAUAUUUCUUUAGGCCCGCGAGGCCAAGCAGCUUUUAAAUUUGAAGCGAAAUCAAAUGACCCAAUUCUGAACCAAGGAUAAAAAGGUAUUUUUCAAAAAUAAUUUAAAGUAUAGGAUUUUUUAUAUCAUAUGUAAAAACGGUUAUUUGUAAUUUAGGAAGCAUUUUGAGGCUGAAAAUGCGUUUCAGCGUGCAGGAGAAUUGCGGGAGUUGCGUCAAACCAGAGGCCGGAACUUUCUGAGGCCUAAAAUGCGAAUAAGGAAUGAAUGUUCCAGAAGAAUCUCCGCAGAGGUUUUACGUUGAAAACGGAAAAAACUGUCGUUAAAUCGACUGUGCGAUGCAGAGAAGCGCCGUUAUAUCAUAGAAAGCGAAUCACUAAAGUGUUACCGUAACGAACUUGCGGAUGAAGCGAUUUAUCCGAGAGACGAUGAACAAAAACUGCGCUUAGAUUAUCAAAUCUAUGUACACAGAAGCCUUUAAGUGCCAAAACAGCAACUAGUUUUUAAAUAGGCCAAUGCGGAGGCGAACCCAGCCGCUGCUUGUCCUGGAACGCAUUGACCCUCAAUGUAAAAUCUGACUGUUGCGUCACCUCAAUGCGAACAAAACGCCCAUACAUUAACGAGAGAAAAAACACGCGAUACAGGAGGAUGUCAGAGUUUAUUUGCAGAGAGAGCGUGAUAAACAAAACUGCUGUCAUUUCAUAACACGUCAACAUAGAAACCCGUUUGGACAAUACAGUGGUCAGCGAAAAUACUCCCAUAUUUACUGGUAUAUUGAGUCUCUCCCCGUUACAACACCAAAAACUGAAGGUGGUGCAGUUCCGCAGUGGCAAGUACCUACCAAAGGCCGAUCCAGGUCCCCUCCCAAAUCAUCAGGCAGAUUAAACUGGGGAAACAAAGUAAUUCAUCAAACCAGACCACCUUAACUCAUUGACUCACGGUCCGGUUCUGAUGCUGCCACUUUGGCAUUGGACGGACGUUUGAAUGAAUAUUCAUGAAUGUAUCUGAAAACUAGCAGAACAUCUGGUCAAAUCUCAGAUGCAAUGUCUUCCAAAUUCACCUAUGAGUUUUCCCUAGUGACUCAAAAGACAAGACACAUUUACAAUGUAGUGAAGAGCCAACCCGCUGCUCAGUUUAGGAGAAAGGACUGGACCUUUAAACCCAGUCGUGUGCAGGGAUAUAUACGAUUAAGACGUCUGAGUGCACAAAGAAAGCCAUCACCAACUACAGUUGACAUUGUCCUGCUAAUAGCUGAAGUAUUUCCUUUUGUUUAUUGCUAAAUAAUUUGGGGGAAGUGAAUUGUAAAGUAAAGACAUGAGUCAUAGGUACUGUUAGCUUCUCAGAUGUUUCUCAUGGCAUUCAGUUCCACACACAGGUGCAUUACGGUGAAGCGAAGAAUUGGACCUGAAUUUAUUUGACUGUUAAACUUCCUGCUCUCCGCAACACACCUGAAAUGAAUUCUUGAGCUGAAAUUGAAGCAGUCAGAUGUUGCUGUACUGGAGAGCCACAGCAUCACAACAUGGGACGAGGCGGUGGCUUUAAGGGGGCCACACACAUAAGGAUUUACAAAAGCUUGGAAGUUUUUUAAUCUGUCAGAGGCGUGAACAUAAAAGGUCUGCUGUUGUGUGCUAUGCUAUUAGUGUGUGUGUGUGUGUGUGUGUGUGUGUGUGUGUGUGUGUGUGUGUGUGUGUGUGGUGUGCACCAAGAGUCCCAUCGCUGCGCAUCACACACAGUAAAAUUCUGCCUCAUCGACGAACGAAAACCACGUCCUACUAGCCAGAAAUAAUGCAAGAUCACAGGCGAUGGAACAAGGUGGAACCAUGAGAACAAGAGAAAAGGCAGCUCACAACAUGCAAGUGCAUGCAUGGUGGCCUUAUGCUUUUUUUUCCUCUAAACUUACUUCUAGUGACUUAAAAACUAUCUUUUUAGUGACAUCAAUCCAGUAAAUCUCAAAACAUCCUCUUUCGCUUCCUUGUUCUGUCGGUUCGCUUCUUGAUCGGCUGCAUUUCAUGUAUCCAAGUCAGAAAACAAACAUGGUCAACGUGUAUGACUGUCGCCGUCGACUUUGAGAGCCGAUUAUUGGGACAAAGACACUCCAAACAUGAAGAUUCUCUUCUCUGAUAAUCUUGUGAGAGCUACGAUAAUUGGGGGGUUAUCAUCCAUGGUCGGGACGGAGCAAAAUCGGGACAAAAACACCCCGAUUAUCGUUAUGUGUGUGGCGCCCUUUAGUCUGAAAGGUUUUCAGUGUCCUGUAUGUGGCAAACAAGGGGUUGGGGAGCUUAAUAAUGAGGAGUUUGCAAACCGAGUUAGACACUUAAAAAAACGUGAAAAGAAAAAUUCAAAUCUAUACGCUAAACUUUACUUCCACAAUUGAGGAAAUAUUGCGGCAACCGUGACAGAAAAGGAAGCGAACGCACACCCGUCGUCAUGAUUGUGGUCACUCUGCUACAGCAGCACGAUCAAUACUGGAGGCUUCAGCUAGUCCUUACUCCAAUAUUUACGUGCUGCUACAGUGAAGUGACCAGAGACGGAGUUGAGACGCGUGGCAAGGGUUUUGUCGACAGGGCGGUGGGAUCGGGCGUCGCGGCGGCAGCACAGUACGGCCUGCAUCUCAGUGUACCCACAAACCAUUCCGUGCUGCUACAGCGCCACCAGAGCUCUCGUCGCUCCACGCGCUUGUUGGCCAAGUCACCCAUCUGAAACACACAGGUGACAAUUGGUUAACUGUGUUCCACUGUAAGAGACAGGUGGUUCAUGAGCUCAAGAUGCCGACUCUCCGAAAGAGAAACUCCUCGCAGCAGAUCAUUGUUCUGACAACGGCACAAUGAGACGCGCCAGCUGAGACUCGUCAGCCUGAAGAUUAUGCAAGUGCCGUUUGAUGAGUCAGACUCUGCAGGUCAAUCUAGUUCAUCAAAACGGAACCCUGCAGCGUUAAGUUUAAAAAGUAGAUGCAUAGAACUGAAGUAGCUAAGCGACUAAACUGCUGUCACCUUUGACAGUGUUGUUCAGGGGUAAAAACUCUCUGCAGGAGCAGCAAAGAAUAUUUAAAUUAUGAUCAAAUCAUUUCUUACUUCAAGCAUGGCAAAUACAGGAGGACUUAUUCACAGAGCUCUGGGCAUUCGACACCUGAUAAGUUACUGAAAGAAAAGCAUUAAAUUGGCGCCUAAAUCAGCAUGGACAUGGGUGUUUGGUAGGAGACGGCAUUUGGUGCUUAUCUUUAUUUCAAAGACGAUCUGGGAACACACAAGCGAACCAUAUCAAGGCCUGCGAGCAACAGUUGAAAACCUGCUUCUUGGUUACACUGUUGGAGGAAUAGACCCCUCAAUUCCCCUAAAACACAAAUUUCAUUGACUCGGCAAGCGUUUCAUCUGACCUGAACUGAAACACUUCUCUGAAUUAUAUAGCUCCCAAUUGCCUCCAGUAUCUUUCCCUAAUUAACCAAUGCGACACUAACUUCUUUGUGUUACUUCUCAGUUCCUCACAUGACAGAGAAAUUAAGGAGACUGUAUGUUGUAAAAUGGGGUUUCUUCUGGAAGUGAAAUUGCUCGAGCAGACGAAACACAUGGCAAUAGACAUGAUCACUGUUACUCGACAGGAUAAUUGACACUUGCUGUAAAACCUAAGACACCUCAAAUGUCUGGGUGGCGUCACUUGAAUCAGUUCAGGCUACCUCGAUACGCGAUCGCCUGGUCCAGUCAUCACAUUUAAUACGAAUAAAAAAAAAAAAACAAUAGUAAUUUUGGAGAACAAAAGCAACAACACCAGAUCAUGACAUAUAGCCACGGACAAAUAUACAGCACACAGCAGCAAAAAGGACACAGUAAUUCUGCCAUCUCUCACAUCCAAUUUUCUAAUCCAGCAAGUCAGUUAGAGCCACUCUCUUAGAUUCAAUGUGUGUCAAAGUGUGAACACCGCAAGUUAUCACUUCUUGGCUAGUUUUCUAUAUUAUCUGACCUGGGAUGCAGCAAAGCAGUUGCAUUGAGGGAGCCUAAGUUGCUUAUGUACAAACCCAUGUUAUCCCCCCGAUGCGGUGCAAUUAUAUUGAAGCAUUCCUCAUGACAAUAGACACAAAAAAAUACUUGCAUCGUUUGCCCACCGCGUAUCUAACAUAAAACUUCACAGACAAUCUGACCAGAACAGCCCUAUGUAUAGAGGUACUCACCACAACACUUGGUUUCAAAGAGGAUGAGUGAAUGCACCAGUAAAUAAGUAAAAGGAGCAGAAACCCUUCACACUGUAUUCCCUCCCCCUCCUACAUCCUUCAUCGUAGUUUAUUUCAAAACAGCACGUCACACCCUCCUCCUCUUAUCUAGUCCUGCACGAGUCAAAUGUGCCUGUAAGAGGAGGACUCCCUUAUCCUGCCGCUGCUGGUGUUACACACGAGUUCAGGGACACUCUUACGGGGUCAAAUCUUAGUAAGCAAAACAGCGGGGAAGGUGGGUCUCACCGACAACACUCGAGUGUGCUGGAAUGUGCAUCAAAAGAUGGAUAGAAAAUGGUCCACAACAAUCCUUCAGUUACAAAAAUAGACAUCGACAGUUCUCAGAAAACAAAGAGUCAAUGGCCAUAAAGUAGCACGCAACCUUGCACCGUAAUUAACAUAUAACACGAAUCAAAUCAGAACAAGGGAGCAACUAAAUAGCACUCAUUUAUAUUGAACAACAAUUUCAUCCUACAGAAUUGCUUUAUUAUGUGUCAACAUACCCAUGUCAUUUUAAUCCUUGAAAGGCGAGUGGAUUCAGCAUUUCAGGGUCUUCUACAAUAGCAGUCAUUGCAGACUGUGUUUGCAGAAGACUGUUUCAACGUGACAACACAAGUGCUGCAGCAAGAGAUCAACCGUGAAACCCUACAUUAUAACACUAUUUCAACUGUUUCACGGAUCUUUGAAUAAUGUCAGCUUGCCAGAGUUUCUUCUGUACGUUUUCGGAUUAACAGUCGACCAAAUUGCAGUCAUAAGAGCGCAAGUGCAAAUAUUUAGCACACAAGAUGCGGCUCACAAAUCUAAAAUAGCAGUGAACACCACGAAACCAUUUACAGAAAAAAAAUGUUGCACAGACUGAAAUAAAUUUGAUUAAAAUUUUCAACUGGACAAAAGGAGGAACAAAGGAACAGGUAAGUGAUGUAAUAAUUACCAUCAUCAGAUGAUCGUCUCUGCCACAUGUACGACAAGUGCUGAAUCAGUGAAUAACCUUCCCCCAUGUCUGUUGCUCUUGUUAAAGGAAGCAUGUCCGGACAUGUCAGCUUUGAUGCGCAGCCUUUUUAACCCUCUCCAACGACAUUUGCCACCCAUUCAACGACCUCAAAGAGUCACCUGACCUGCAGGUCUAAGGUCAAGUAACCUUCCAGACUCCAGCGGGCACGACGACAUGAGCACGACAAGUCAUCGCCUCCACCAGAUCAAGUGGUCUGGCCUCAACGGGUCCGUGUCAGCCUGCCGAUUGUCAACACACAAACCCAAAUUAGAUGGACAACACAAAUGCACUUCUGUGAGAAGCAAUAUACCAAGGAAAAAAACAACAACAAACAAUCCAGCUUAUAACGGAGUCAUGCACUGAAACCUAAAGAAGAAUAAAGUUUAAUAUCCAAGUAAAAUUGAAAAUAAACUGCUGAUUCGAAAGACUAUUUAAAUGUCUGUUGGGAGACACAUAAUAGGUCACAAUAACACAAACGUGUGUGACGUCAAAGGAAACUUCAGAGGAAGCUCUUCAGUAACUUAAUUUUCUUUUACAUCUCGUAACCUCAGGUCUGAAUGUUCCUCAUUGUAAGUGAUCUUCAGGGAGUGCUGAACUAAAAUUAGCUUCACUGGUCAUAAAGAUAAACAAUUACGAGCAUCUGGGUCUCAAACGGGAUAAGCUGAAAAGAAAGGAAUGAAAUUAUUGUGCAAAUAAUUCCAAAUAUUUUAUGUUAGCUGACAGGUCACAGCGCAAUUUGAGUUGUUCUCAGAGAUGAGGAAGCUGAUGGUGUAAAGCAGUCACAAAUAAUGAGUUUCUGCUUAGCUCUCUUGAGCAAGACCCUGGAGUGUGAACGUGUCGGGGACAUCAGUCAUGAACCAAAAUCCCAGAGUAAAAUAUAUAUAUAGCACUAAGAACACGAUGACAGACACAAUAGCUUGAUGUGUGCAGAGAAGUUCCACAAGUGAGCAAUUGCACAGACAAUUUAAGUCAUCCAAAAUGACUAAUGCGUAGCUUCAAUAAUUCAAGCUGGAGUAUUAACAUCAAAUCAACAGCUGUAUUUGUUUUACUAACAAAAUAAUGUGCAUGAGACAAGUUGUGUUUCAUGAUGACAAUGAGUGUAACUCCACACUGCCAAAUGCGUUCUGCAAAAUUAAUUCACCAUAUAUAUUUCACACAUCAGAAAAAAUAACUAAUCUAAAAUCCUAAUUCAAAACUUUGUGUUAAAAACAUUUUAGCAGGAUAAUAACAGAAUUGUUAGAUAAUAUAUUUUGGAAACGCCUAUAGUAAAAUAAACAGGAAAUAACUACUCUUAAUAAUUAUCACCAAAUUUUGAAUAGUGUGAGAUAGACGUGUGACACAUUAAUAAUCUGGUUGUGAACAACUGCAUCACUAUAUCAACCACAACACCCCCGGACGCCGAAGUUAAUGUUCGACAGAAAAUUCAAGUUUAGUCAUAAUUUGGGUUAUCUCAUACUUCCUCCUACGGCCUCGGAAAACACAGCAGCGAUAAACAGGAUGCAGACAAAGCAGCUCACUGUGAUGCAACUUUAGACGCCCAAACUAGUGGACGUCAUUUACAUUCGACCACCAGCACACAGAACGAACAACACGUGAAACAUCGGCACAAAUCUUUCAGAUGUCAGGGUGAUAUUAAAAGGACCUAAAAGAGCUGCUAUGGCAAGAAUUGGGGUCAAAAUGUGUAGUGCAGAUAUGUAAAAGAGGAAGCAGCGUGACACACCCAGGGACUAAUGCACAUAUUACACAAGCUUUUACGAUGAAAUGGCUGGGGGUGUUUUAUUAUUGGUGUUAUUGUGAUUCCUAUAUUCUGGACAUUCAUAUCAUACAUUUUAAUUUAUAUAUAAAGAUAAAAUCAAGCAGCAGAACUACAUUAGAAAUGUAUACAUGUGUAAUGUAAUACAAAUCCCUCAAUAGAAUUUGACUGACUGAAGACAGACCUCAUCCUUUGAAAAGACAAAGCAUUAAGGAGAUAUAUUUGUAUAGACUGCGAUGUAUCAUGUUGCUUAAAAGUAUUAAGGACCUGUCUAAAACAAUCACCAAAGUUCUAAAGUUCUUAAACAAUUACACAUGCAGGAGUCACUGCCUCAAAGAUGAAGCUGCAUUUCAGAUGAAAAAUUGAAGGCGUUAAACCUGAUAAUUAUUUACCCACUCGCCAAGCAACAAGAUAAACGUCUGGCGACAUGUCACUGUUUGGCUCGAGCAACACUAAGUCACAAUAUAUGCUCAUUACUAUUUUUUUUAAUUCUAGACAAAACAAUAAGGGGGGAAAGUCACAGAAACAGUGGAAUGGCCUGCAGCAGUGGAUGAAAAUACGAUCGCACAAAUAUGUGUUGUAAGGAAGGGAUGACAGUGUUACACAACCAGCCUAUUUAGUGAACAUAAAUGUAAUUAUGACAAUUUCUAGAAGAUUUUUUAAUAAACAAAAUUACAAGCUUAUCUUCAGGAUCAAUAAGUGUGUGUAUAUUAUUAAUAUUAUUGUUUAUUUUUUUUCGCUGAAAGGUCAGGCUAAUUUUAAGGAGGGAAAACACACUCAGUAAUACACAAAAUAAACAUUAAACCAUGAGAGGGUUUCACAGGUCAGUGGUCACACCAGGCGACCGCUCACUAGUGUUCCUCCACACUGGCCAUAACAAAACGCAGCACUGUAACAAGUUUAGACAUAAGCUGAAGACAUCCCUCAACUCCAAGUGCUGACCUCACAUUUUGGCCACGCAACUUAAGCUCAGUCCAGCGAGCCACCACAAGUGUAAGAAAAUAUCUCUAGUUACUGUAAAUAAGCCUCCACAGGAUGAUCCGGAAAAAAGUGCCGACUGAAUUCAAAGAUCAUUACAAUAUAGGGAAAGACAAGUUUAAAUAAAUUAAUAAAGCGCACUGGAGCAGAGAUACAAAAAUGCACUAAACCGCUUUAAUCAUCAAAAAAUAUAAUUAUGGAGCUGAAGCGGUGACCUCUCACCAAGAGCUGGCCGGAACUCCCUGCUCACGUUUAUGAAUGUGAAACUGUACCAGAGGUGAAUUACAUGCGAGGAGAAAUUAGGAUUAAAUGACAACCUACGACAGCUCAGUUAUAAAUAUUAAUGUAUUACUCAUACUGUGGAUGCAGUGUUUAAUAUUGUUAGUCAUUAGUUUCACAUUCGUGCGCAACAACUGUACUACAGUCAUCUGUAGAUCAAAGAUCAAUUUAUUGAAAAUGUCUUUGUGCUCUAGUUAAAAUUUCAAUUUUAACUUUUGUCUUAAACAAUUCUUUCUGAACACAAGUGUCAAAUUAAAGCCUUCAGAAACAUAAUCACGAUGUAAGCAAUACAGUUAUGAACUGUUGGAGAGAGGUUUUUUUUUAAAUGUGUGUGUUUCCAGCAUCUCUAUAAAUCAGUUAUUGUUUUUUAAGGAAGCGCCUCUCACACAAAUGCAUGUGGUGUAGUUAUAUAAAGCAUUAAAAUAUACAGCAAUUAUCACUCAGAAACACAGCUGAAAAUGCAUAAACGCAAAACAAGGAACUGGAAUUAGCUCCGUCACACACUAACUGAAGCUAGCGUUAUUAAAAGUGAACUGGAUUCAGAUCGGAUUUAUUAGGUUUUAUUAUUAGAACAUAAUAAAUAAAUAAAUAAAUAAAUAUAAAAUCUCAGUUAUGCAGUACUUUGAGAACUUUUUCCCCACUAAAGUGUUGACUACAGCACAGUUGAAGUAAUAAAUCUCAAUGUGCUGCAGUUAUUUUCCCUCCUUUGACUGAAAUAGCAAUCACCAGAACGAGUGUAAUCAUAUUUACUUGGUUUAUUUCUUCAUGUCAACAAGCACCGUAAAGAAUACCCCACUACACCUCCGCAGCAGUUUGUCUUUCAUGUCUGAGAGAAUCCUUCUGUACCAGCAGAAGAUGAAAGAGACCUCAAACUGAAAUCAGACAAACUUCUGGAAACCUUGUGUAAACCUGUUCCCAUCACAGCUAGUUCCAACAUUUUAGUUGUGCUGAGCAGUGCAAAAAAAAAGCAAAGUGAAAGGGAGAGAGAACUCCCUCUUUCACUCUGCAACACAUGUGAGCACAUAUACGAGGAGCAAGGCACAGAGGCACCGUUUCACCAGGAAACGGGGGUGGGAGCCCAUUUUGCCAGAGGGGUCUAUGAGACAGAGUGAUGAGUCACACAAUGUCAUGUUAACAGUCAGGAGCAGGACAACUUCGCUUUGUGAACAGUCAAGUAAAACAGAAAAUUAGUCAAGUGUUAAUCUGUAGUACAACUAUGUAGCAAAACAUACCAGCCAACUACUACAGUCAUUGAACAAGCAUACACUUUGUCCCAAACCGAAAACGAAAAUCCUUCUGACCCACAUGACGUUGUGUUUUAAUUACUCCACAAGUGUAGAACAUGAUUCACAGCCAAGUCGUGUCACAAAACACUUCAGGUAAUAGACACACUGUACACAGUUAUUUCCCAAAACAACGUGCUUUCCUACUUUUAAUUGACCUUUAGAAAGAGUUGAUGUUGUGGGUGUAAGUAAAAUUAGCUGGUAGAUUUUGGCAUUUCAAAAAUAAAACAAAAACAAAAAUUUGGAUUGAAUGGCCUACGCAGUCAUAGCCACUUCUCAACUUGGAGGUGUGCAGCAUCAUUAUCUCAGGUCUCAGUCGUUGUACAUAUUUCAUCUGGUGCCCAACUCCACUUCAUUUAUGGUGUCACUUUUGGUGGUAUCUUUAUUAGGACCUUUGGACACCUACAAAAAUAGCUCCUCUUUUCCACCUGCGACAUUAUUUCUGCUUAGAUUUUGUAAUCGCGUAGAAUUAUAACUUUCACCUUCAUUUUCCGUCAUAACUGAUGAUAGCAUUUCUAAAAAAGAUCCUUUUAAUGAAGCUGUGCUUAAAUCCCAGUGAGUGAAAGGAGAUUGUGCGAAACAUUACGGUGUUCGGUCGGGAAUAGCUCCAAACAGCCGCUGUCAAAAUUACACGGUAAUUAGCAUUAAUUUUUUUUCCCUGGGAAAAUCCUUCUUGAACACUUUCACGUCACUGUGAGUGAAGUUUACCCCAAACCUGAACCGCAACAGUGGUCAACAUUUCUUUCUGAUCCAGACACACACAAGGUGUGUUUAUUUAUUGAAUUUCCUACAGAAUAAUUUGUAAAUGCAUGAUCUAAUAAAAGAUUGUCUUCCACUCUCUGGUUUGUUUUUCAGGUGCUUGUUGGUGAAGCCAUUGUUUUUACAUUAAUGUUUUCAGAAGUCGCGUGGUAGCUCAAAUAACACAGUCACUUGUUCACCCGGCCUAGAUUUAGUUUAAAAUCUUUGAAUUGAAAAAAUAACAAUGUACAAUUUAAUAAUAAAAAAGUGGAGCUUUUUGCACUAAUAAAGUUGUACUGCAACAUAAUG